CCAGCAGAGCCAGCCAGAGCCCCGCGGAGGCUAGCCCAGGCGAGACGCGCCCCGCCCGACGCGAGAGCGGCAGCGCGGCUUGCCGAGUGCGAGGCGAGCGCGCGGCGUGUUCGGUUACGGCACGGGCGGCCGAGCCGCACCCUCCGGGACCCUCGGGGACCCUCGGGACCCCACCCCCCGGACCGCGUGGCGCGUUGCUGUUGACAGGGCGACGGACCGUGCGUGUGGAGGCGACUGAGCAGGCUCGCUGCCCCUGGCGCGCACUCGCACUCGGAGGUCAACAUGACGGCCGCGACGGAGCCUUGACAGAGGAGGAAUAAAGCCACAGCGAACCACACGCCCAGCGGACCGCAGAAAUCAGGUGGACCCCGGCGGGUCCCCCGGGGGGUCGGGGAGGGGGAGCCCUGCAGCGGGCAGCACGACGAUGAGCCGAGGAUGCUAGCGCCGAGCCCCACCCCGGCCAUGGACGACAUGGAGGUGACCACGGCCGGCGACCUGUUCAACGUGACCAACGCGACGGACCCUGGCGGGGGCGGCGCCGAGUACUGCGGCGCGGGGCUGGAGUGGUUCGCGUCGCGCUACCGCGGCGCGCACGGCAUCAUCAGCCUGCUCGUCUGCCUGUUCGGCUCGGUGGCCAACGGCCUCAACAUCGCCGUGCUCACGCGCCGCGAGAUGGCCUCGCCGACCAACGCCAUCCUGACGGGCCUGGCCGUCGCCGACCUGCUCGUCAUGCUCGAGUACAUCCCGUUCGCGCUGCACAUGUACCUACUGACGCGGCCCGUCUCGGAGAAGUACUCGUACCCGUGGACCGUCUUCGUGCUGUUCCACGCCAACUUCGGCCAGGUGUUCCACACCAUCUCCAUCUGGCUGACGCUCACGCUGGCGGUGUGGCGCUACAUCGCCGUGGCGCACCCGGCGCGCAACCACGAGUGGUGCAACAUGCGCACCACCGUCUACGCCAUCCUCUCGGGCUACCUCAUCUGCCCGCUGCUCUGCAUCCCCGUCUUCCUCACCUUCUCCAUCCAGCCGACCGUCGACGCCAAGACCAACGCCACGUACUACGUCGUCAACCUGAGCGACGUUGGCAAGCUAAACAACGACCUGCUCAAGGACAUUAACUUCUGGGUGUACAGCGUGGUGAUCAAGCUGGUACCCUGCGCCGCGCUCACCAUCCUCAGCCUGAGGCUCAUCUUCGCGCUGCUGGAGACGAAGCGCCGGCGCCAGCAGCUGUCCAUGGGCGGCUCGGUGCACCAGGCGCUCAACGGCGGCGCCGGGGGCGGUGGCGCGAGCAAGCGCAGCCGGCGCGCCAACAAGAGCCAGCGGCUCGUAGAGAAGGAGAAGCAGACCGACAGGACGACCAAGAUGCUCCUGGCCGUGCUGCUGCUGUUCCUCAUCACCGAGGCUCCACAGGGCCUGUUGGGCCUGCUUAGCGUGCUGCUCGGCAGCAAGUUCUUCCGCGAGUGCUACGUCAAGCUGGGCGACGUGAUGGACAUCCUGGCGCUCAUCAACUCGGCCAUCAACUUCAUGGUGUACUGCUGCAUGAGCCGCCAGUUCCGCAACACGUUCAACCAGCUGUUCCGGCCGCGGCUGCUCGGCGCGUGGACCGCCGUCCCGCAGCACAACGGCCACGACGACGGCAACGGGCACACGGUGGGCGUCACCAUGACGCAGGUCACCAACGUGUAGCCCCGGCUCAGGGGCAACACCGCCUGCCACCCGCUGUAGCGGCCGCCCCUCCCCACUCCACCACCGCGCGCUGUGUGUGCAAUCUAUAUAUUUCAAACGCCAUCGUUCUAAAUCCUGAGACAACAGCAACAACAAAGAACGUUUCCAUAUGGAAAAGUUUGAAUGUAGAAAUGCGAAGGCGUUUCGUGAAAAUGGCCACUCCAACGCGCGCCCCGCCCGGGAAGUGAUUCCGCUGUUUUUGCCUCAGCCUCCGCCUACCCAAAAAAAGGCCAGUAGUAGCAACCUUUAUGAGGACGCGGCUAACCCGGCUGACUUUGCUGUUCGUUUUGGUUCCUGAGCGUGGUACCGCUUAUCAGUACGGCCACACACGUGCAGCUCUGCGCGGGCUGAUAGCCGUGGCGUGGCGGGGCGGGAGACAAGCUCAAUGGGUGCAGUCGGUGUGUCCCCUGCAAGUCCCAGCCCAGUCAGAUAAAAAGGACAUUUACUUCAUUAACGAUUCUGACCGGGAUACCCCCAAAUCUUUUUUCACUUCUUCCUUUUUGUACGGGGGGUCACUGUGUGGGACCGUACAAAAUUAAGACAUAAAAUAACCACAAUAUAAAUGAAAAGACUGCCGUCAUUGAGAGUACAGCUGUUAUACAUGUUUAACCAUGCAGUGUGCUGGGUGCACUGAAGGACGUAUUUUCAGCUCUGCAAAGAGUUUGUAAUUUAGCUUGUAAUCUAGUCGACGUGAUUCUGAGGCGAUAUAGUAUAUUUUAGAAAAGUGUUUUUGUCUUUGUUUU